AUGCCUCGCUACCCUGCUAUGUCCAUCGUCUCCGAGAGCGAGACAGACUACUCCGACACAGAUAUCUCCAUCGAAGCCCGUUCCCCGCGCCGACGUACGUCAUUCAGAAGACGCUCUGUGUCCCGCCAGCGCCAGCCCGACUUUAGCAACGCCUACCUGAGCCCGGUCGUCCAGGACAUUGGUGGUCUACAGAGGUCCGCCUCGACGGGUGGUCGUCGACCCAACCUGGCCAACCGCGACCAUCAUCGGGAAUGGGCGCGAGAGCGGGAGCCUCCUGCGAUCGUGGUAGAUAUCAAUAACAACACCCAUCGCGGGCCCCACAAGGGCCGGCGUUCGCAGCCCCAGCUCGAGACAAGCGACUCAGACGAGUCUGAGGAUGAGUCCAUGCUGCGGAAUCACCGACGGGUGAAACCUACCUCAAGGAGACCCAGCCCUGGCGUCUCGCGGGAGCGGGAGCAUCCUCAUGAGUAUUACCGGGAGCACCCGUAUCCACGGGAGUACCAGUAUGCUUAUGUCCCGCACCCGCCCGCCGCGCCUGUCGCCCCUGUCCCUGUCGCGGCCCCAACCCCGGUCCCUGCUCAGGCUCCACCUCAGGCCCAGGCCCCAACCCCACGAGGCUACUCGCCGUGGGGUCGGGAGCACGAGCACCCACAGCGAGACUACGACAUGCUUGUCGACCAGCGACUGCUGCAGCGGAAUGAUGCUCGACAGGACAUGCAGCUUAUGAAGCAACAGGCGGAGAUUGAACGGUUGGAACGGGACCUCGCACGCCGUCGCGAGGAGCAGGAAGCCCACAACGAUGAGCGUCUGGAUCAUCGCCACGAGCACCGUCUCGUCCGCGAGGAAGACUUGUGGUACGAAGAUGAGAUCAGUGAGCGAAUGAGGCGACUCGAACGAUUUGAGAAGAAGGAGCGAAUGGAAGAAGAGCGCUCCCGGGCUGAAUACAACCUCAAGAUGAAGCGCUUCGAAGAAGCAGAGCGCCAAGCGGCGGAGCAGGAAGAGGUACAGGCCAAAAUUCACGAAGAAAAGAUGAAAGAGCUCCAGCUUCGAAUCGCAGAGGAGAAAGAGCGCGAGCGCAUCCAAGCCAAGAUCCAGGAGGAGAAGCUCCAGGAACUUAAGCGCAAGAUGGAAGAAGAUGAAGAAAAGGAGCGCAUCAAGCAGGAGAUCCGCGAGGAGGAGGCCAGGAAGCUCCUCCAGGAGCAGGAACGUGCGGCGCAGGAGGCCGCGAUGAAGGAGGCUGCUGUCGCAGAGUGGAAGGCCGAAGAAGAACGGCGGAUUGCGGCUGAGCGCAAGGCCCAGGAGCUCAGGGAUCAGGAGUUCAAAGAGAGGCUGAGAAUGGAAUUUGGCUACGAUGAAGGAGCAAUCCAAGAACUCAUUACCAAGAGCAAGACGCCAGAGCAGCCUCCGCCUCCAGCUCCGCCGGCCGAGGAGGAAAAGAAAGAGGAGAAGGAGCAUCACCACCGCCCAACAUGGAUUAAGGUUCACCGCAAGCAUCUCCUCCCGGACACGCUGAUAGCCUAUCGCCUGCCAUGGGACUGGGACGAGAUUGACCCGAACUACAUCAUUAUCAAGCAAUAUAUCUCCGAGGACUUCCAAGAUGAGCUCUUCGCACACACCAGACGUCUGCGCGACGGUAGACUGGUCGCGCAGGAUUCCAGCUCGCUGACGGAGUUGAAAGUCAACGACCGGCAUAAGGACAAGAUGUAUCUUGUGCGGAAGAAGAGCCCUGGCCGUCGUUCGUGGAUCUUCACAUGA